AGGCUUAUGAGAAUAAGCUAGGUUUAUGUUGAAAAGAAUACCGUAACUUUAACAUCUACCAGGUUAGGUUCUGAUAUUUACAUUUAAUUUGUUCAACGAUUCUGAUUGGCUGUUAUUUAUAAACUAGAUUCAGUGGCAGAGUGGAUUGUAAACAGAAGUCUAAUAUUUUAUUGCCCGUUUUCCACGGUCUUAAUUCUAAUUGUGACUGCGCAUUGCGUGUACAGAAAUAUGUGAGAUGUGUGAACAAUUUUUAAUACAGAUUUGUAUGUUUUCGUGAUUUAUAAACUGUAAUCGAUUGGAAUAUCCAGAGGCAGUUAUCUCACAAUGGCGGAUGGUAAUUCGAGACCUCGCACUCGCCAACGUCCACUUCAAAAUUUGUCAAGUCGAUGGGACGCUACAAACAUAAACAAUUGGACAACAACACAGUUUCAAGAAGAACUUCUAAAAUUAAGUAUUCGCGUCCCAGCUAAUAUUGGAAAGGCGACGCUUAGGAAACUAUAUUUGGAAAACGUAAGCAGAAACCCCGUAGUGAGAGAACGGCGGGAAAAUGACUCGUCCCAAAAUAGUCACCAUGAUGAGCAUCCUAAUUCCUCGACAGAGGCACCAACUGUGUCACAGACAGAAGUAAUUUCGAAUAUCGGAACAUCUGCGCAUACCGAGGUUUCUGACCAGACCGUACAACCUGCUCAAACGCAUAUAAAUUCGGGCUCGGAAUCCUUGCGUAACAAUUCCAACAUGGCCGCCAGUGUAAAUAAUCAAGUAAUCAGCGGCAUGCUGAAUACAAUGAACUCGAUGCAGCAAACCGUCAUGGGUCUUCAACAGACAGUGCUCAGACUGAUGGCAGAUAAGACGGGAAAUACAGGGAAUAACAUCAAUGACACGGGAAAUUCACUGGACACGGCGUAUGCGGCCAUGAGGAGCCAGACUGUCCCAGCAACUCAGAAUACAGAUUUCGAAGUUUCGCAGUCUGGUACCCAGUGCCCAAGAGCAUGCAACCAAAGUACCACCACCCAAAGAUGUUUUGUGGAGCUCGAAGACGUAGUUCAACAAUUAUGGACAAAUGCCGUAGCACCAAGCACAAGAUCCACUUAUAGGUCUGCGUUCCAUAUGUACGUUCAAUUUUUAUUGAUGUCAUGUGCCAUUUCUAGUGCAUAUACAUCGGACAUCCCAGUGACUGAAGACUAUUUGAUAUACUUUGUAGCUCACUGUGUUAGUAGGCUUAAGCUAAGCUUUUCAACCAUUAAGCUGUAUUUGUGUGGUAUUAAAUUUAUAUGUCUUGAAAGCAACAUUGCUUACCCAGAUGUUACCAAUCUGUCUCGACUUAAAGCAUUGUUAAAUGGUGUCAAGCGAAUGCAGUUACCAUCUUGUAAACUAAGACAUCCUAUAACUUUUGACAUACUGAAAAAAGUUUGUGUAUAUUUUCAUAGAACAGAAAGUUUUAGAAAUCUUAUGUUAGAAACUGUUUGUACUGUAGCAUUUUUUGGUUUUUUAAGGUGUGGGGAAUUUACCAUUAAGGAUUCUUUUGACCCCACAACAAACUUAUGUGUUAGUGACCUUAGUGUUUUAGAAAGUUGUGUCUUGUUAAAUCUUAAGAUCUCAAAAACUGAUCCUUUUAGAAAAGGAAUUACAAUUAAACUGUUCCCCACGAGCAACAUAAUAUGUCCAUUUUCAAUCUGUUGUAAAUAUUUGAAAGCACACUGUUCCUUGCCCUUUUCAGCCAAGCAACCAUUAUUUGUAAAUAGCGAUGGAAAUGCUUUAACAAGAACUGAAUUUAUUUCUGAACUUAAGCAUGCUCUCAAAUGUAUUGGAUGUAAUGCAGAUGUUUAUAAUGGACACUCAUUCAGGAUAGGGGCAGCAACCACUGCAGCUGCUGUCCAUAUGGAAGACCAUUUAAUAAAGGUGUUAGGUAGAUGGUCUUCUGAUGCUUACUGUAGAUACAUUAGAACACCAGAAACUGUUUUAAGAGAGGCACAAAAGUCGAUGACAACCAUUUAAUACCUUGUCACCUGACAUUUAUAUUCAGUUUUAGGUUUAGUUGACCUUUGUCAGAUAAUUGCAUACAAUUUUCGUUUUUUUCACCAUUAAGACCUUUAUGUAUUAUAAGGAUGAACAUGUAUAUCAUUUCUAUUCUGUAUUAUUAAUAUUGCAUUUUUGGGGGCACUCAGCUUCAUUUUGAUUGCAACACCAUUCACCUGAGUUUGGCCAUCAUUUAAUAAUUUUUGAUCAUAUAUAUAAAUUAUUAAAUUUUAAACCCCCAAAAAAUCAGGUAACUUGUUUUAAAUAGCUUAUAUUCCGGCUCUUGUUACCUAACUAUGAAGUGGCUUUCAUUUCGGCAUGCUGAGAGAAUAUCUCACUAAAUUCAUAGAGAGGCUACACCGAGUUUAUAAGCAUUGAUGAUAGAUCAUCUUCCAGACAUUCUCUUCCGGCUCUUGUAGCCUGGAACCAGUCCAUCUUUCAGUCUACCACACCGAGUUGAGUACUACGUGCUCUUCCGGAUCUUGUCGGUCAACCAUGACUGGUCUCCUAUGCUGCUACACCGAGUUGAGUUUAGUCUUGGAAGUUGAACCUCAAUCUCAAAGCACACCAGUUUCACCGAGUUGACUGGUACAUAUAUCUGUACCUUUCUUCCGGCUCUUGGGACUGGUUCCGCUGUUUUGGGGAUAGGGUUUUUUAACUGAUUAAAACUAUGAGAAGCUGAGUCUGCCCCUAUUUA